AUGUACACUUCAGUCCGCUUCUCCUUCAUCAAAUGGUUUGCACUGUACUUGUUAUGGAAUAAUUACGAAUAUGCGAACGAGAACAAGUUUGGAAAAACAUGGAAUAACAUAAUCCGCAGGAAAAAUGUGUCGGAUGUACGCGGCAGUCGUUUAUUAUGGGAAAAGGGUAAUACAUAUGUGGACAAUAAUAGCAGCUUUUCCUCAUUAGAAGACAUUAUGUUGGGAAUAAGCAGUGACGAAGAAAGUAACGUUGGAGGGACAACAAAAAUACUGUUAGACAAGGACGGAUUUAUGGAAGAACUCAAUAGUAUAAUGACGGAUGAGGAAAUGAAAAGACCAAUUUCUUCCCUAACCAAAGGUGGCAAACGUAAACCAAAUUCCGAAUUUUUAGCUAAAGGUGAAAAGUACACAUCCACUAAAUGCAGUAGCAGGAGCAAGGACAACUAUUCAGAUUAUUAUAAUUAUGAUGGGGAAGGCAAAGAAUGUAAAAACAAAAAAUAUAAAAAUAGAAAAUAUGAAAACAAAAAAUAUAAAAAGAAAAAAUAUGAAGAAAAAGAACAGGCGUAUGGUUGCAAAUAUCGUGACGGUCGCAAACAGCGCCAUGGUAAUGGGGACAAUCGUAAAUAUCGUGAUGAUCGCAGAUAUCCACAGGAGCGGGACAAUCGUAAGCAUGGUCAUGAUGAUAGAAACAAUCGUAAAUAUCGCGAUGAUCGUGACGAUGGUAUAUUUCUUCAAGAUCGAGACAAUCGUAAAUAUGGCGAUGAUCGGGAUGGUCAAGGAAAUAAAAAAUAUCGUGAUACAUAUGAUAAAUAUGAUAAGUAUGAUAAGUAUAAUGGGGAAGACUAUCGUCAUAAUGAUGAUGACAGUUAUAGAAAACCUUUAAAUUCUAAACGACGUACAUUCCAUAAUAAAGGAAAUAAGUCACCAAGCAAAUAUCCUGCCCAAGACGACCUUUGCCCUAAACCAUCGAAUGAUAAAUAUGGAAAUGUGAACAAAGUUGGGAAAACACAUAAUCCAGUGAACCUACACGAUGAUGCAAAAAAAAAAUUACCCAGAACAUUAAAGAACCAUUUUGACCAUUCAAAAGGAUACGGUUCAAAAAGUUACUACGGCGAUGAUGAUGAUGAUUAUGGUGAUGACUAUGAUAACGAUAGGGAGGAUGAAAGUAACUUAAUGGCUGUAUCAUCAAAAUAUCCUAAUGAGCAUGAAGGGUCCUCUAGUGGAAAAGGAAUUCAUACAACUGAUGAAAUUCGUUCUUAUAUGGACGAAAAACGACAGGAAAAUAAAAUUCCCGUUAGUCCUAGUGCAGGUUUAUGCAGAAACACCGCGUUGUGUAAAAUGAUUAGAAAGUCAGAUACUAAGGUUAAAUUAAAAAAGUCACGAGACAUGAAAAAUAAGGCACCCGACGCAAAAAUGGAAAAAAAACCCAGAGCAUUCUUCAGUAAAUUGUUACAUACCAUAUGGAAAAAUAAAAAGUUGCUGUACCUUACAUUGAUCCUCUCAGUUCCUUAUCCAUUAGUUUUGUACACUUUGAUUUUCAUCGCUUAUGGCAUAUACGCUUAUUUUGCAGAAUCUGUAAUAUUAUUUAUCAUAUUAGCUAUUGCAUUUCAUAUAAUAAUAGGACUUGUCUUCUCGAACAUUGCCAUUUCAAUCAUACGACCUGAAGGAAAAAAAAAGACAUGUCAAAUAAAAUCUGGAAAUACAGAACUUCUUCACAAGAAAACUACAAACACAGAAAAUUUGAGAAAUCAGGAGUAA